AUGAUGGCAGAUGAAAUGAAAAAACGUUUCUAUGAAACUACCACUGUACUUAUUGCAAGUAAAGGAAAAAAUAAUCAGUUGUUUACAAAUGAUCAAUAUUUGUCUUUAAUUUUAAAAGUAAAAGAAUCAAAGAACAUGAUUACUAAGAAAACACCAGAAGACUACCAGCGCUUAGCAAGAUACGAUGUCGUCAAAAUUGGAGCAUCAGAAAAACUAAUUAUUCCGGUGAAAAACGAAGGUGAUCCCAUUAUUUACUAUGCUUACUUAGACGAAACUUUUCAAAUAAUCCACGACUGUCAUAUUAGUAUUGGAUACGGCGGUAGAGUCAGAAUGAUGAACGAGUUAAAAUUAAUAUAUAAAAAUGUAACUGCUGAACUCGUCACAGUGUAUUUGAAUCUGUGUGAAUCUUGUCAGAAAAAAAAAAGUUUGCCAAAAAAAGGUCUUGUUGUAAAACCGAUUAUCAGCAACGAGCUUAAUUCAAGGUGCCAAGUUGAUCUAAUAGACAUGCAAUCACAAGGUGAUUCAAGUGUAGAAGUGUAUCAAGAUCACCUAACAAAAUUCGUGCAGCUGCGGUCGCUAAAAACCAAACGAGCAGAAGAGGUAGCGUAUCAUUUACUUAAAAUUUUUACUACAUUCGGAGCGCCUAGUAUUUUGCAAAGCGAUAAUGGCGGGGAAUUUGCUAACAAAGUGGUCAAAGAAGUCUGUGCGAUGUAG